GACGUGAGGGACGAUCACCGCUACACGGGAGUACAAGUUUACACACUUGACCCGGCUAAACAAGCCCCUUCCUCUUUUUAAUCAUCAUCCUCGUUUACCUCAUCUCGCUUUGACUCUACCAGAGACGGGAUUCUCACUUUGCUCGUGUUUUCAGUGGUUUAUUUUCCAACUCUAUCCUCGUUUGUUUUGGAGCAGCCAGCUAGCUAGCCGUGAUCCCCAGCUAGCGCCGAUCAGCGUGGUGGACACUUUUCCCACUUCACGGCGGCGUGUGCCGGACAAACUGCAGGCGCUGGUGUUACCUCCUCCUCCCUCCUCGACGGUUUCUGUAAAAAAAAAAACAAGUAACGGUUUUUAAAAACCCUGAUAUCGUCGCAUUCUUUUUGGUUUCUUCCUCUCGUCUGGUCCCCCUUUUUUCUUUUUUUAAAUGGGUGUUCACUUGCGGCGUGGUGGUCAGCGGGGGUGAGGGAGUUCAGAGGAAGGUCGUGCUGCUGGGGAAAGCUGAAAGCUGCACGGGGUUUGUUUUUUCUCCUCCUGUCGUGGAGUUUCCUGGGAUGUACUCCUCUGUCGGGUUAAAAAGAGGCGAGCUUGUGAGGAGACAGCAGGCAGCAGGAGUGACACAAAGACCCUAGGACUUCACAGGGAGUCAACUCCAACAAAACCAUAUCUGGAACUUCAACAGUCUGCAAGAGGACGAGAGGAAAACACUGUUUUUGGGUUUUGUUUUGUUUUUACUUGUGCAAAAACGAAACGCAUAUCCACGUUUUUUUUCUGUGGAUCUUUUGGAAAUGAGCCCAGUGGACCCCUGAACGAAACCCCCCAAAUAGCCUUCUGCCUGUGGGAUAUUGAGAACUGUUUUUCUCUCUUUUUAAGCUGAACACCAAAAUGAAACGGAUGAACUGUCGCAUCCACUUAUGGAAAAUGAAGAUUUUUACACGCACGUGUGUCGCCAGAACCCAAGAUCACGUCAUUUAGUGGCCUGAUUUUUUUUAUGAUCAUCUUUAUUAUUUUUUUUUUUUCUAUAAUUAUAUUUUUUUCCAUCACAAACUUGGCUGAGGAGAUAGCCACAAAUUGAUGACCCCAGUCCCUCCUGGUUUACGGGGACGGCAUUAAAUCACCUGGCUUUGAUAGGACCUCUUAGACUUUAUUUGGUGCAUUUUUUUUGUAUUGACUGAAUGAAGAUUCCCUCCCUGAGAUAGGAGUCUUUCAGACACCUGAAGAGAGGAGGUAACUGCAGAGAAAAUGAAGUGGUUGACGCCAAAGCUGCGAGCACAAAUGGUGCUUUUUAUCAUCUGCACCUGCAUCAUAUGCCAAUGUGGACUAAUAAACGGAGAAAUCUGCCCGAGCAAGGAUAUCCGAAACAAUGUGACCAACCUCCAGUCGCUGGAGAACUGCACCAUCAUCGAGGGCCACCUGAAGAUUCUGCUCAUGUUUAAGACCAAGAGCGAUGACUUCCGAGGCCUCAGCUUUCCUAAACUUCGAGUGGUGACCGGCUACGUGCUGCUGUUCAGGGUCUACGGCCUGGAGUCCCUCAGCAAUCUCUUCCCCAAUCUGACGGUGAUCCGCGGCAACAAUCUCUUCUUCAAUUAUGCUCUUGUGCUUUACGAGAUGUUGCAACUGAAGGAGCUUGGUCUCCACAACCUCAUGAAUAUCACCCGUGGUGCUGUGAGGAUAGAGAAGAACCCAGACCUGUGUUACCUGGGAACCCUAGACUGGUCCAAGAUACUGGACUCUGUUGAGGACAACUUCAUCAUGGCCAAUAAGAAUGAGAGAGAGUGUGGAGACGUGUGUCCUGGCACAGCGCAGGGACAAACCCUCUGUCAUCAGAACACCAUCAACGGACACUUCAGGGGAAGAUGCUGGUCACAGAACCACUGUCAGAGAAUGUGCUUGGAUAAAUGUAAGCACAGCGCGUGCAGCCUCCAGGGCCAGUGCUGCCAUGACCAGUGUCUGGGGGGCUGUUCUGAGCCCGGCAACGCCAGCAGCUGUGUGGCCUGCAGGAACCUCCAGCACGGGAACACCUGCGUGGAGAAAUGUCCUCCUGGAUACUAUGUCUUCAUGGGUUGGCGCUGCAUCAGCCUUGCUUUCUGCCAGGAACUUCACAACCAAUGUAAGCAGCUUAAACAACAGAACCAGGACCGGGAAGCCAGCUGCUCUGAAUACGUCAUCCACGAUGGGGCCUGUAUUCCAGAGUGUCCUUCUGGAUACACCACCCUAAAUUCCACUACGUUGACCUGCUCACCGUGUGCAGGCCUGUGUCCUAAACUGUGUGUGGGAAAUAAGACGAUUGACUCCGUGACGUCAGCCCAGGCUCUCAAAGGGUGUACGGUUCUUCAUGGCAACAUGAUCAUCAAAAUUCGCGGAGGGAAUAACAUCGCAGCUGAGUUGGAGGCUAGUUUGGGACAAAUUGAGGAGAUCACAGGUUACCUGUCUAUACGCAGAGCCUAUGCUUUGGUCUCCCUGUCCUUCCUACGGAAACUGCGUGUCAUUAAAGGGGAGCAUCUUGAGGGAGAUUUCUAUGCCUUCUAUGCACUGGACAACCAGAAUCUCCGGGAGCUGUGGGAUUGGUCCAAGCACAACCUGACGAUCCAGCGGGGUCGUACGUUCUUUCUGUACAACUCUAAACUCUGUAUGUCCGAAAUCAAAAAAAUGGAGGAAGUAACGGGAACAAAGGAACGCAACCAGAAGAAUGACAUCGCUGUUCGCACCAACGGAGACCAAGCCUCCUGUGAGACGAAGCUGCUGAAUUUCACCCAGAUCAAGACCUCAUACAACAUGAUUAUCCUGAAAUGGGAGCCGUUUUGGCCGUCAGACUUCAGAGACCUGCUGGGUUUUAUGGUUCUCUACAAAGAGGCGCCAUACAAGAAUGUUACAGAGUUUGACGGACAGGACGCCUGUGGCUCUAACAGCUGGGUGAUUGCCGAUGUCGAGCCACCAAAACGCUCAACUGAUGGCAAGAAAGCAGAUGAUCCAGCCCACCUCAUCCGACCGUUGAAACCCUGGACACAGUACGCCAUCAUGGUUAAAACCCAGCUGUCUGCAUCCGAUGAGCAUCAGGUUCAUGGAGCCAAGAGCGAGAUCAUUUAUGUUCGCACCAGUGCCUCCAAGCCCUCUGUGCCUCUGGACCCCAUCUCCUCGUCCAACUCUUCCUCUCAGAUUAUCCUGAAGUGGAAGCCUCCCACCAGUCCCAAUGGCAACAUCACCCACUACCGGGUCAUCUGUCGUAAGCAGCAGGAGGACAGUGACCUGUACAAGUUUGACUACUGCCUACAAGGAAUGAAGCUGCCGUCUCGGACCCCGACCCACCUGGACAGUGAGGAUGAGCAGAAGUGGAACCACACGGAUGAGCCCACCUCGGGGGGCAGGUGUUGCGCUUGCCCCAAGACGGACAGUCAGUUGAAAAAGGAGCAGGAGGAGAUCGAGUACCGCAAGACUUUUGAGAACUACCUGCACAAUGAAGUGUUUGAGAGCAGACCAUCUCGUCGACGACGUUCAGUAGGGGUCGCCAACGCCACCGAGCCUCCUUUCUCUAUUGCCUCGAUCCCCAAUCUGCAUUUAGACUCCACCACCGCAUUCCCUAAAGAUGAAGAUGAGAAUGAAGAGGGAUCCAAGGUGGAGUUAAAGGUGUUUACUAAGGAGUCGGCUGUCAUCUCCAACCUGCACCACUUCACCAGCUACAAGAUCGAGAUCAUGGCCUGCAACCAUCCCAAAGACAUCAAACGAUGCAGCAUGGCAACAUAUGUCAGUGCCCGGACCAUGCCAGAGGAGAAAGCAGAUGACAUCCCAGGUCUGGUGACCCAUGACAUUAUGACAACUGAGACUCCAUAUGUGUUCAUUAAGUGGAAUGCACCUCUUUCACCCAAUGGCCUCAUCAUCCUCUAUGAGGUCUUUUACAAGAAGGUUGGAGACUCAGAGACUCAAACCGUUUGUGUUUCGCGGCCGGCCUACCUCAAGACGGGCGGCACGAAGCUCACGCUUGUACAGCCUGGAAAUUACAGCGUGAGGGUCCGGGCUACCUCUUUGGCUGGGAAUGGCUCUUUCACAGAAACUACUUACUUCUACAUGCCCAACCCCCAUUCGGGUUUAGUUUGGAUCGUGAGUGGUCCGGUCAUCUGUUUCAUCCUGCUGCUGUUUGUGGGAGGUGGAGUCUUUGUGAUUGUCAAGAAGAGGCAAACAGAAGGUCCGCUGGGAGAUCUCAUCACAUCACCGAACCCUGAAUAUUUCAGCGCCAACGACAUGUAUGUUCCUGAUGAGUGGGAGGUGCCGCGGGACAAGAUCCAGCUGCUGAGAGAGCUGGGUCAGGGCUCCUUCGGUAUGGUAUAUGAGGGUAUUGCCAAAGACAUUGUCAAGGGAGACCCCGAUACGCGCGUAGCUGUCAAGACGGUCAACGAAUCAGCCAGCCUGCGUGAGAGAAUCGAGUUCCUCAACGAAGCUUCAGUCAUGAAAGCCUUCAGCUGUCACCAUGUGGUCCGACUUCUGGGUGUCGUGUCCAAGGGUCAACCCACCCUGGUGGUGAUGGAGCUGAUGACUCAUGGCGACCUUAAGAGUUACCUACGGAGUCUGAGGCCGGACUCGGAGAACAAUCCAACGGGCAGUCCACCCCCGUGUCUGAAGGACAUGCUCCAGAUGGCAGCAGAAAUUGCAGACGGCAUGGCCUACCUCAACGCCAAGAAGUUUGUCCACAGAGAUCUGGCAGCCAGAAACUGCAUGGUGGGAGAGGACUUCACCGUCAAGAUCGGAGACUUUGGGAUGACGCGAGACAUUUAUGAGACGGACUACUACCGCAAAGGAGGGAAGGGGCUGCUUCCUGUCAGGUGGAUGGCUCCGGAGUCUUUGAAGGACGGAGUCUUCACUGCCCACUCUGACUGCUGGUCUUUUGGUGUUGUGAUGUGGGAGAUCAGUACACUAGCAGAGCAGCCUUACCAGGGUUUAUCCAACGAACAGGUCCUGAAGUUUGUCAUGGAUGGAGGAUACCUGGACCGGCCAGACAACUGCCCAGAGAGAAUGCACAACCUCAUGCAGUUGUGCUGGCAGUACAAUCCCAAGAUGCGGCCGACGUUCCACGAGAUCAUUGAGAUGCUGCGGGACGACCUGCACCCCUCGUUCCAGGAGUUCUCCUUCUUCCACAGCGAGGACAACAAAGUCCCGGAGACGGAGGAGUUUGACCUGGACCUGGACAACAUGGAGAGCAUCCCCUUGGACCCAUCUUCCUAUUCUCAGAGAGAGGACAACUUGGGAAGAGACAGCGGGCCCUCGGUGGCCCUGAGGGGGAACUAUGAGGAGCAUGUCCCCUAUACACACAUGAACGGGGGCAAGAAAAACGGAAGAAUUUUAUCGUUGCCCAGAUCCAGCCCUUCCUAACACAUCCCGUUUCCUAAAAUGACUCGUUUAACCUUUCCCAUCCCCCUUCUGUUCCAGUCAAUUUUCCUGUAUCCUUCUUUUUUAUUCACCGUUUUCUGAUGUUUCCUUAUUCUUGGGGAUGCCCUUCAAAGAAAAGAUACAGAUCUCAGGACUUUUUAUUUUCUUCCUCAUGGCUGCCGCACACAGGCAGGCAAGGGAUGCAAACAUUUUUAUCUUAAGCCUGCUCCAUGACACAUCAGACUUUACACUAACAAUCUAUGGUUUGUCACCAUUGCCAUGUUUCCAGGACUUGAAAUGGAAACGGUGAGGGAGGGAUGGGUAGGGUGGAGUGAAUCCUACAAACCAUAGACAACCUAGAAUACUGCUCUUGCUCAGCAAACCCGGGACUCAUCUCUCCUUCUUUCCCACCAAAUCUGUAUUUCCACACUUCUGUGCUUUUCCUUCUCCUCCCGAUGAAAGGUUUUUUACUCAGAUAGUGGCCUUUUUAUAUGUGGCCUACACACAAAGAGAAGUGUCUAUCAGCGCUUACACUUAUUUCCUUUUGUACAGUAACUCAAUCAGUGGGAUGACUUGCAAAGACUCAAUAGUAGAACAAACAUCUAUUCCUAGUGGAAUGUUUUAGCUUUCUUUUGUUUUGUUUUCCGGUUCUGCAGAAUUCCAAAACUACACACAGAUUCAUCUGGUGUUUGAUAAAUCAUUUUAAUUUAUUGGCUUUAUACUUAUUUUCUUUUCUCGUUCUUCAUUUUAUUUUUCUGUGUCCUCACUAUAUGGCUGAAGGAUAUUUAAACAGUUGGACAAAAGAGUUCCUCAGACUGACCAAUAGCUGCUGCUUUGAUAUAUUUUAGUGGGUAUAAAAAUCUCUCGCUCUCGCUCUCUCUAAAUAUAUAUAUAUAUAUAUAUAUAUAUAUAUAUAUAUAUAUAUAUAUAUAUAUAUAUAUAUAUAUAAAAUAUUGGUGUCUCCCUGCCAAUAUUCUAUAUAUAAUAUACUGUAUGACGUUAAUGUUUUUGUAAAUAGUUCAUAUUUGUAAUAUUUUUCAUCAGAGCCUUUGCUAGUAUUUUGUUUUAUCAGGUUUUCUUCUGGGUUUUUGAAAUGUUCUUAUUUUUAUAGCCCCAGGAAUCACACUUAUCUACCAUCAGUGCUUUCUGUGUCUUAGGCCUCCAGCCUCGCUAGACUUCUCGCUCCAUCUGGAUGGAAAGGGGGAACAAAAUCCCUUUUAAGUCUGGCCUCACAUCAGCAGCAUUGCGUGCGUGUGUGGCACUGCUGUAGCGCAGCGACUCUCCUCAUCUUUUUACACUGCAGUUCCUUUGAUAUUGGUCCUAAACACACUGGGGUUUGUGUGAUCUCGCUUGAUUAUGAUUCAUAAAGCGAAGACAGGAACGUUUCCCAGCCUGAAUAGUGAUUGGUUUGGAAAUAUAAAACAGAUAUCACAAAAAAACAAGUUAAUAUCUCAUAUACUGCCUGCACACACAGACUACAUUACAGGUGUGCUGCUGUUAGAUAUGAGGUUGAUAUGAUCACCAAAUGUUUUGGGUGUACCUUGCUGGGAGGUCGAGCUGCGACUUGAUGCACAUCAUGUGGACACUUUCAUCGAAACACUUUCAUUAAAAACCAUGUUCUUCGGCGCAUAUGGUAUGCUGCAGAUGUGAGGCCGAAUCUUAAUAUUGUAAAGUCCGCAAACUUUUCAACUUAAAAAAAAAUAAAUAAAAAAUUAGCUGUUACUUAGAGGAGCCGGUAUUUGGAGGAACCUUCACAACUGCAAUGACAUUUAGAAAAAAAAAAAAAAAGAAUCAGCAAGAGCACCGUAACCAAAAAAUGUUUGAGAAGGGGAAUGAGAGGCUUCUAGCCCAAAGUGCAUCUGAUGUGUUGGCUUCUCUGUUUCCUGUCUUUCUCUGGUCAGACCGUGCUGGGGUAAACGUCGGCACCUACAUCGUGCAGUGGAUCGCGCCACUGGCUUGUUGUUUUUUAGGUAGAUUAAGUUGAAAACCUUUGUUGUGGUUAGAGAGAGUGUCACUUUUGGCAUGUGAACAGUAGUAUCUUUUCAGCUGUGCUGGUUCUGUUUGGGCAGAGAACCAGCAAACGCAGGUCGAGAUGGUGACGAUCCAUCGUUCACUUCUGUCACCAUUCAGGCUUUUUCCAGAAGAUGAGAGGAUUUGACAUGAGGAUCAUUUUCACACCUCCCACUUUCUCUGUUAGGUUUGCUCCGCACCGCGCUCACCCCCUGCUCCCUAUCGUUCCUCCAGCUUCCUGUCAGCAGCUAAACUUGCUGCUUCAAACAUAAGGCUGGUGGAAAUUUCCACAUUUUGUGUUGGGGGGCUGGAGAGAGAUACGGAAAGUUCCACAUGUAUUCACAGCUGUUAAAAGAGCAAGGGUGGCAGUCUUUCUCUCCCUCUUUCUGUUUGAGUGCAUCCGAGUGAGCAGCGGGGACUGUAAGUUGAUUGGUAAUCCUUUUAUUCCCCCUGCUAUCACAUGCAGUUAAGCAGUCAGGUCACAAUGUGCAGCAGCUAUUUCACGCAGGUCUGACAUUCCAGGAUUUAGUCAGAAGUCCUCGUUCCCUUCACCUGUUUUGCCUGCAGGCAAAGCAGACUCCAACACCAAAGGCCAUCAGACUUCUAUUUAUUUUUCUCCCUUCUUGCACAUAUGAACUUCUGCUAACUGUUUUUAAAAUACUCUUUAACCACUUCAGCUGAAAAGGUCAUAAUGAUCAGUUGAAAAAAGAAUAUUUAAAUGUAUUUUUUUGAGGACACAGAGCAGACUAGAUGCCAACCUGACUUAGAGGAUACUUGUGCCGAUCUCCUGCCUUCCAACAUCUAGAGAAUCUAGUCAAAGACAUCAGAGAAGCUGCCUCCGUAUCUUUGCCAGUGCCUUUUCAAACGUAGAAUCUCUCUCUCUCUCUCACCCUCUCUCCCUCCCUGAGAGGCACACAGUUUCAGAUAAUGCUCUAUGUUGCAAGUAGUUGUCUUCGGGGAAUUGUUGAUCUCUUUCUCUUGAUCUUGUCGCCAGCGUUGAGGCGAGAUGCUCAUGUUCAACCUCGUACGUCAGCGGUGACGCUGUGGAUCCGGUUUGUGUUGUUGGCAUUCAGAGGCACCCGAAGUUAUCAAGAUGUAGAUUUUAGCUAAUUAUUUUAAAGAGUUGCAAUCUUGUGCUUUUGUAGUUUGUAAAUAAUCGAGGACGUAGUUUUGGAAAUUCGGGGUAAAGGUGGAAAAAAAAAAAUCCAAAAGGUAUCCUGAUGUCCUUCAGUUGUAUGUGAAAAACGCUGGACCUUAGCUGUGUUGCUCUUCCAUAAACGCCACCCUCUGAACGGAAAACUUUAUUGUGAUUAGUUUAUUUUACGUCUUUUAGUUGUUUUGUAAAUAUACUACAGUAUGAGCUCACUAGUAGAAUGAAAUGUAGACACAUCUUUCAUCUUCAUCUAGGUUGCUUAUUUUGUGGUGGUGUUCACACACAUAUGCAAUUUUAAUUAAGAUGGUGCCCAUAUCUUUGAAAUACCAGAUAUUUAUUUUAUUAUGAUAAUUGUCAUUGUUUAAAAAAAAAAACACAGUUUUGUUGUAUGGUCAAAAAUAUGACCUUUUCACGAGUGGAGCGAUGAAGAGGUGGACUUUACUGUUGUCCAGGUGGAGUAACUGGUGGUGAGCAACAGGGGCGCGUUUGUUCGUUCGUUACUUGGUAAUUAUCGUCGUCUUUGUGUUUGGCCACAGUCUACCUCAGUGCAUAUGGAGGACUCGGUUUAAAGAGCCUCGCUCAUCCCCAAACGCCUACUCGAUACCCCGCUGAUUGCAGACAAUACAGUAUGAUUUAGUCGUACGUUACCAAACCCACUGAUGAAUUCCUGUCCCCUGUGAUGUGGUAACUGCCUCCUCGGUUUCUCUGCUUCUCUCUUCUUCUCGUGUUGCAGGGAAGCUUGCAAUAUGUAAAUAAAGUCAGGAACACAGCAGUUCAGACUUUGGCCUCUUUCUGGAUUAAAUACUUUAAUUUUUCAUCUUGUUCCUUAACCUCGGUGUCAAAGUAUUGUCUUUCUUUUCAUUUAUUGGGCUUCUUUAAAAAAAAAAAAGACGGUCAGGCAUUGAAUCGACUCACUGAACAGUCUGCCCUUUUGCUUCCCCGAGGCACUGGAAGAAGUGUUGAACCUCCAGACUGUUUUCUUUCUUUUCUUUUCCUUCUAUCCGCUGACGUGACAACAGCGUCCCACCAGUCUCCUGACUCGGUGCAUAUCUGUGAUCCCCCUUGUGCAGCCAAAGCUAACAAAGCUCAGUCGUGGACCUCAUGCUUUUUAAAUCCCACUAUACCACAACAUAGUCUGGAAUGAAGCCCUGCUCUUCAUCAUCUUCUCUCCUCUCCCUUUCUGUCUCAGUUCAAAUCCCACACCUCUUCCAGCUUUUGUUGUUUUUUUUUCUGAUUUUUGUCGUGUAUUUUAUUUUAUUUUUUUCUUUCUACUGUGAAUAUCAAGUGAUGACCUUUAUUUUGUGUCCCCGCCAUGGAUUGGGUCUGAUGUGGCUUAUCAGGACACAGACGUGUGAUCUGGUUAAAAAGUUUUAAAGAGGAGGACCUCUCCACCCCCCUCCCCUCCCCCUCCACCCGUCUGCAAAGGUGAAACGCUGGACUGGGACAAUCCUGUGUGCCAUAAGAACUAAUAACUGAUAUGAAUUAAAGAUUGUAACUUUUCGUCUCAGGGAGGCGGCCUGAUGCUUUGUUGUUAGUGGAUAAAGAGGAUGAGGAGGAAGAAGAGCUACUCACUUACUUAUCUGCUCUGACUGAAGCGCAAGUUCUCAGCAUCCUUGCUAAAAACAAAAUGGAAAUAUUAAAAAGAAAACGAUGACAAGUUUUCAACAAACGUCCUUUUCAUUUAAAGAAAACUAAAAAGGAAAAAAAAAUCCCCUUUGAAGAUAAUCAGAAGUCCUCUCUUCUGGCUUGGAUGUCAUGUGGUCGUGACUGCCCUCUAGUGGUGGGAUGGGAGUGUUGCAGGUCAGUAGGCCCCUGACCCACAGUGCCUUGCUGAGACUUAACCGUCCCGCCUGACCUCUCCCACCCAGCUCUGAACUGCUCCCUGACCGGCAUGUCUCCCCGAACCAAUGAAGAGGCUUCCCCACUUCCAAACAUUAAAAAAAACCAACAAGUUAUAUGUUAUUAUGCACUCUUUUUUUUUCUUUAGCUAUAACUGCAGAGAUUACUGUAAUUUUCAAUUAUAUGACUGAUCGUCCACCCCCCCCCCCCCAAAAAAAGAGAAAGAAAACUGUUGAACUUGUGUCUACUCUGCUGAGGUCUGGUUUGCUUUGUGCAUGGAAAAUGAAAUCUGUUUACCAGCUUGAUAAUUCGAUGCUUACCGACUUUGCUUCUCAUCGGUCUGUCAUGACAGCGACACCCCAAAGCACAUGAAAACACCCCGUCAUCAGCGACAAGCGAUUGCAUUGGAGUCUAACAAAUGCACUCAUUUGCUGCUGAUUAAAAGUAAUGAACUGAUUUAAUAAGCUCUUAACUGUAAAUAGCAGAAAAUCUUGUUGGCCCUGGGAAAUAAAACAAACAAAAAAAAACAAAAAAAAUAAAUAACCAAGAGCACUUGAUUUUUAGGUUUUGUUGAACUCUGGUUGGAUAAAGCAUGCUAAUAACGCAGCGCAGGGUGAGAACAAAGCAUUGUAUGUAUUAUUGAGUUUUUAAAGAAAAAAGUAUUACAUUUUAGAGAUGUUGAUUUCUAUUUUUUUUAUCUUAAGUAGGGAGGACAAAUACAAUUACUUUUCUGACUGUAAAGUUUUACUACUCUUGUACAUUAUGAAUUUAACAUUAUCAAUGUGUAUAUAACAUUUUCUAAAUUUAAAGUCCCCCCCCUGUUUUUUUUUCUUGUUUUUUUUUUCCUCCUCUCCCCUCCCUCCUCUCAUUCUUCCCACAAACCAACUCACCACACAGAAAAGAGCAGAGUCAAGUCUGUCAAUGUAUUCACCAGGAGCAACGUAAAUCCACACCGAGGGCUGCGUUCAUCUAGAAACUAUGUGGCUCCAAAUGUUUCGCAUUCAAAGCUGCUCUUAAUCCCUUGCAUGUGUCUGAAUGUCGGCUCCCGAGGCCACAAACUUGAACAGCCCUCACCCACCCACAGCAGUUUGUCACCCGCAAAGCCUUUUUUGUGUCACAGAUGCAUAACCUUUCAUUUUUGUAUGAAACUGUUUCUAGCAAGUAUAGUUUUUGUAAUUUUUGUGUGUGUGUGUGUGAGUGUUUGUGUGUGAAAAACUGGAAAAGACCACUGCACAUCCUUUUGAAGAAGAGAGAAGAUGAGUGAUAAAAUCCAGAAUAAGCUAAAAGGAAAACGUAACUGGUUCUUUAACAGGAAGCGUACCUCUCCAGAGUUUAGACUGUAAAGCCAAAGGUGUUAAAAUAACAGUGCAAUAUUUAGAGAAAUGUUCUCAUUCAAACUUCGUGCUGAGAGUAAAAUAGAAGAUUAAAAAUUUGCGUGAAUUCAGUUGGUUGGAGAAAGUAUACCUCAGGAUAAUGAUGGCAACAAAAUACUCUGCAGUUAUUUUAAUUGGCUCAUGUUUUAAGUUAUGGAGCUUCUUAAAGAAUACAAGAGGAAGAACCUUUGAUGGUUUAAUUGAUGGGUAAUACCCCCUCUCCCCCGGGUCUCUUCCUCCAAUCAUGUAAAACAAAAUUCAGCAUCCAAUAAAAAUGCGAAUGGCCCGAUUUAGAGACAGCAGCAGAAGAUCAUUGAGCUGGUGUUUCUUUUUGCAGAACCACCUGGAAAAACGGAUUAAUAUUCAUGCCGAAGGUGAUUGGCUGUUUGGUGUGAAGAGCAAUAUCGGUACGAGAAAGCAUGUCAGGUUACACCGAAGAGUCAAACAUGCCAUGAUAAACUUGUAAGGAGCUUUCUCAGGACGUGUUGUAGCUCACUUCGUCCUAAGUAAACCAGUCCGGCAGCAUUGUCAACCACGUCUCCCUGAAUCAAUACCAGUAAUUCUUCCCCAAACCAUCCCCGUCAUGAGGCAGAGCCAAAAGAUGAAACGCCUCCUGCUGUAGAGAAGUUCAAUCCUCAGUGUCACGAGGAACUGUUCAUAGUUGUUUAUACGGAGUCGUCUGUGAUGAUGCUUUGAGAGAAAAACCAACCUCUUUGUGACUUUUUGUUUUUGUUUUCCCGAGUCACGCCUCUGUCAGUGGUCUGCUCCAGUUUGCUCACCUCUGUCUAGUUCCCCGUGCUGUGUGCCGUUAAAUCAGUAGAGCUGACUCUUCCUCAGCUUCCUCUGCCUCUGAUUGCUGCUGCUGCUCCUCCUCCUCCUCUUCCUCUCCAUCUUCAAGUCUCUUCUCUCCUCAGUGCACAUAGGUGGUCCCCAGAAUGCUGUGUGUAGUCUUGCAGGAUACCUCUAUAUUAAUGUAAUUUUUUUAUUUUUAUUGCUGAUGAAUAUGCUGUUGUGUUAAUUUUUUGGGAUAUGUUGUGUAUACAUUACAAUGAGACUUGGGUGCGUAUGCAGACGGCAGGUGUAUAUGUGUGUAUGUACUGUCCGAACCCCGAACCUGCAAACCCACAGAGGUGGCUUCAUACCCUCACACUGGAUCCAAACGUGCCAUUAUCUUUAUGUAUCACAGAUAUCAACAUAUUGACUUUACAUUCAAACACAAAUGGAAUAAAUGCAUAUUGUACAGGAUCAAACAUGUGCCAUGACUAAAAGAACGCUUGACAAUUUAUUUUUUCUAUGUUUUCAAAGGAGAGCCAAGUAGACAUGUAAAGAAAAUGUUGCAAUGAUAUGAAAAUAAAAAUCUUGCUGUGUGUAAAUUAUUCAACAAUUAACUGUUUAUAUUAAAAUUAUGAAUAAAAUUAUUGG